CUCGGAACAAAGAAGACCCACUUAAUCCCCGAAGCCCAAAAAAAUCCCGGAAAGGGGUAGACCGUGCGACCGGCCAGCCCGGCUUCGUCGGUUAAUGCAAGUACCAGUCUUAAUAAGCCCGGCCAAGCGGGAUAUUAAAUUAGAAUAGUUGGUGAGUCAGGGGCGCUUUUUUAGCCUCACUUUGAGUAAGCUGGCACCGGCGGUGAGAUUAAAGAAAAGACGCAAAGUGGAUUACAUCAACCCGUGUUAUUUUCGUCACCUAGACGUCACUUUUACAUUUUUUAUAUCAACGUCUUUUCAUCAGCAAAUAACAUGUUUUAUAGGAGGCAUCGAAGUCAUAGAGGCCAUCUGACCCAAACUUGAAGUAGAACAACUCUCUGCUAGGUAUCUCGUGUAUGGUUAACCCAUCAUGGCCACGACACCUUCAAUGAAUAAUACCGUUAGGGCAAGCCAUCGUUUGCUAACCAGAAGCUCAGUUGCCUUAUCGAACCCUUCUGGAUUAGAUCAUCAACUACAAUGCAUUCCCCGCGGCUUACGACAGGCCAGCACGGCUACCCAAAAUGGCCGUAGAAAGGAGCGAGUGGUGAUUCUGGGUUCUGGAUGGGCUGGCUAUGGCUUCGCUCGCAGUCUCGACCCUAAAAAAUACGAGCGCAUCAUGAUCUCUCCUCGCUCAUACUUCGUCUUUACCCCUUUACUUGCAGGUACUGCGGUCGGCACUCUCGAAUUCCGUGCCGUUACAGAACCUGUCAGGAGACUCGGUCUAGACAAGUUUCACCAGGGAUGGGCUGACGAUAUUGACUUUGCGCGUAAAGUUAUCCGCGUAGAGGCUAAUACGUCAGACGAUAUCGCAUCAAAAACCUGGCUAGCUGAUAAGCAUCGUCCAGAUGGUGUUAAAGGGGCCAUGUUCGACGUCGAGUAUGACAAACUAGUCAUUGCCGUCGGUUCGUACAGUCAGACGUUCGGAAUUGAGGGUGUCCGAGAGCACGCUAAUUUCUUACGGGACAUCGGCGACGCUAGGAAGAUCCGGAUGAGGGUGCUGCAGAACUUCGAGAAGGCGGCGCUCCCAGUUACAUCUGACGAAGACUGCAAGAAGCUACUCCAUUUCGCGAUCGUAGGCGGCGGCCCAACCGGCAUAGAGUAUGCUGCCGAGCUACACGACUUAAUACGGGACGACCUAACAAAAACCUAUCCGGAUCUCAUGAAAUUCGUCAGCAUUACGGUGUACGAUGUGGCGCCAAAAGUGCUCCCAAUGUUCGACAAGAAACUGGCCGACUAUGCUAUGGACCGGUUCAACCGCGAGGGUAUCAAGGUGAAGACAGAACACCACCUACAACGCGUCCGACCUGACGAGGAAUGUGAGGGUUGUCUAAAACUAAAGAUUAAGGAGUGCGGCGACAAGGAGAUUGGCGCUGGCAUCGUGGUAUGGAGCACAGGGUUGAUGCAGAACCCGCUCAUCCAGAAAUUGGAGAGCAAAGUCUUCAAAAUGCCGGGUUUAGAUGCUGAUAUGCAGCUACAAAGGGACCCAAAGACGGGCGGCAUCAUCACCGACGCAAACCUCCGCGUGAAUAUGAUUCCACAUUCUUCCGCGUCGGAGUCGGUUCCUACCCAGGAACAAAAAGCUGCACUGAUACCGGAUGUUUACAGUGUCGGCGAUUGCUCGGUGAUCCCUGGGAUGAGUCUACCCGCUACGGCGCAAGUUGCUAGCCAGCAAGCAGCGCAUCUCGCGAGGAGGUUGAACAAGGGCGACGUAGAUCAGAAACCUUUUCAGUUCCGCAAUUGGGGUACUAUGACUUAUCUCGGCAGCUGGACGGCUAUUCACCAGAGCGAUGCCGACGAGUUAAAGGGCUGGACGGCUUGGGUCCUAUGGCGUACCGCGUACCUAACGCGAAGCAUGAGCGUCAGGAACAAGAUCACGGUACCCUUCUACUGGGCUAUGUCGUGGAUAUUCGGGCGGGAUAUUUCCAGGUUCUAGGAAACCUCUGUGGAAACCGACCCACCCCCCUUUAUUCUACUUCUGCCAUAUUAUACACCCCCAUCUCUCCUUGUAACAAUAGCAUAGAAGCAUUAGACCUGGGGAUCGGAUUUUUUUUAGGGCUAGCAUAGAUCUUAUGGGUUGUAUGAUACCAGGCUGUUACCAGUAGCACGCAUAUUUAAUCUAGAUUGGAGCGGAGGCUUAUUGGGAAAAGCAGGCAGCAGAUGAAACCUCAAGGUUCAUCCAAUAUAAUAUAUCUGUGACAUCUGGUGUGCCACAACCGUUGAGAGACUGGGUUUUAAGAAAGGUUAGAUAUAUGGAAGUAAUGAUCGACUACCUAAUGAAUACUUAGAGAUGCAUGAGGAAAUAUACCAUGAGAACUAUCGAGACAUAAUAGAAACGUGAAGUCAUCCCAGUGCUUAGAGCUGUUCAUAUCUCCGUACACCACCCAACUGGCCAUCCAUGUCCAAUACAAGAAUUGAAUCGGCUAUAAGUAGGAAACCGUUGCUAAAAGGUACCCCUGACCUGGCCCCUUUAUAACUACCCUUAACAGAUAGACCAACUAUUAGGAUGGAAUCCAUCAUCAUCUCAAAAGUGUUAGCAGCAUCC